GUUUGAAGUUUUAACUAAGAACCACACAUUUGAUUUGAACUCGCUCUGCAAGUAAGGGUGUUGCAUAGUUACUUGAGAGAGAGAGUUGAAGCGGGAAAUGGCGAUGGUUACCGUUUUUAGGGCUUCGAUUUCUCGGUCUCUCCCAACCUCUUUUCCUAAUCUGUUAUCAUCGUCAUCGAACAGAAACUCAAUUCCUAAGAAACACAGGUUACUGUGCUAUGCAGCUUCAUCACAAACCAAAACAAUUCGGUCAGAGGUAUCCUUUUGCAUUGGAACUCACUUGAUUCCACAUCCUAAAAAGGUCGAAAGAGGUGGGGAAGAUGCAUUCCUUGUCAGCGACUACAAUGGUGGCGUUAUUGCUGUUGCUGAUGGUGUCUCUGGUUGGGCUGAACAGAAUGUCGAUCCUUCGUUAUUCCCACAGGAAUUGAUGGCCAAUGCUUCAUGUCUCGUGGAGGAUGAGGAGGUUAACUAUGAUCCCCAAAUUCUCAUAAGGAAAGCACAUGCUGCCACUUCUGCUGUCGGUUCGGCUACUGUAAUUGUUGCCAUGUUGGAGACGAAUGGAACACUAAAGAUCGCUAAUGUUGGGGAUUGUGGACUGAGGGCUAUCCGUGGAGACCGAAUAAUUUUUUCCACAUCUCCACAAGAACAUUAUUUCGAUUGUCCCUACCAGCUGAGCUCAGAAAUGGUUGGGCAAACAUACCUUGAUGCGGUGGUUAGCAGGGUGGAAGUAAUGGAAGGAGACACCAUAGUGAUGGGCUCAGAUGGGCUUUUUGACAACGUUUUUGAUCAUGAGAUUGUUUCGACAGUUGCUGGACAUGGUGAUGUUGCUGCGGCUGCAAAGGCAUUAGCUAACCUAGCGAGCAUUCAUUCUACGAAUUCAGAAUUUGAAUCCCCCUAUUCAUUGGAAGCCAGAUCAAAGGGAUUUGAUGUUCCUUUCUGGAAGAAAGUUCUUGGCAUGAAGCUCACUGGUGGGAAACUUGAUGAUAUCACUGUGAUUGUUGGUCAGGUUGUGAGGUCACAACAUGUCUCCCUGUUGGCUGAGGAUCAGACAGUUGAAGCUCAUACAGAACAAGAAAAUAAACUCGAAUCAUAGUUAUAAAACUCUCUGUUCUUUGUUUCUUGAUUGUCUUGUAAAGUUCAGGAUGCUGUAAUGACUGCCAAGCAAGUUGAAACUGUCCACAUUUCAUUACAA